AUGAGCCAACACACAAUGCCCUUCUUUAAAGAAGACGGUCGUCAGAAUUCUACCGACGACUCUGAGGCGUGGGAUUUGAAAAGGAAGGGGCGUGAAGAUGUCAAGCUCCAGCCAUAUGCCUGCAAAAACGGCGUCGAAUUCUUUAAUUGUCCAUUGUGUUCCACUGUUGACAUAGCGACGAGAGCGGAACUGACUAUGCACCUUCAACAGCACCAGAACAAUCAGAGAAGAGAGGAUGGAAAACACGUCUGCUGCUUCUGUGCUAGUGAAUUGAGCUCAAAUAGUUCACUUGAGCGUCAUCUUCUGACACAUACAAAUCACAGACCGUUUGCUUGCAGUUUAUGUGAUAAAGCCUUUACUACUAAUGGUAAUUUAAGUAGACACAGACGAACAUCACAUCAGCUGCAAGCAUCAUCAUCCUCCAAUGAAGCGAUUUCAAUAAAUUCUGAAAUUGGGAGACGUAUUCAAGCGACCAGCGCAAUUGAUCACCCACAUGCAAUUAAAAAUAUUCUUAAAAAGAAACGAAAUACUAUUCCAACAUUUAGAAUUAUGCUUCAUGCGAUUAAAAGGAAACACGUGGCCUUAAAAGACUUGGGAAACAGAGUAUGGCGCCCUUCACCAAGAAUACGAGAAUCGCUUUUGAAACAGCGCAAACGAAUUCGAAAAUGUGCUAAGCGACUUGAGCGUCCAGAAGUUGUAGUCAACUCUGAAGAACCGGUCGAAGCUUUGGAUCUUUCAUUGAAGCAACGUGCUUCACCAUCUCCACUUCCGAAAUUCUUCCAGCAAACUUCACAGCCCAUUACAACGUCAUUUUCCGAUUUUUCUUCCAUCUUUACUUUAAUGAUGACACCAACUUUUCCGGCUUUUCCAAUGGUUUCUUUGGCGUCUUCUUCAACCCUGCCGCCAACUUCUCUGACACAUGUCACAACUUUGCCGACCUUAUCUCCAUUGCCAGAACUCACUCCCCUUAUUCCUCCUCCCCCUCCUCCUCCUCCUCCUCCUCCUCCUCUUCCUCCUAAUUCUACUAAUCCUGAACCAUCAAUUGCGUCAACUUAUCGGAAAAAGAAUUCCUAUAAAGAUGCCCCAAAGUUGAUCACUUGUCCGGUAGAGGGGUGCAAUCAAAAGUUUCCCUGGAACAGUUCUCUCAAACGCCAUAUUCUGACCCAUACUCCCCACAAACCAUUCGCUUGUACUAGAUGCACGAAAUCCUUCUCAACCAAAUCGAAUAGAGAAAGGCAUAUGGAAAGGGUUCACCAUGUUAGUCUUAAACGCUACCACAAACGUUUGAGUCCAGUAGAAAUGUGUUCCACAGCCCGCAAUAUGGAAUCGGAAAUUGGGGAAACGGAAUAUCUUCGGGAGGAGGAAAUCGCUUCAAUGCGAGGCAAUGAUAGAGCAGCAGAAGAUAUCAGCAAUCGGCUGCUCAAAUCGGCUGGUUCGCCUCUAAUAGAACCAAACCCCCAAAGAUUGGCCAAUCAGCAUCGAGUUGAUUCAGGAUCGAUAUCACCUCACCAAAAGAGCUUCGAGGGAGAACCAACAGUAAUUAUGUGUCCAGUUUGUGGAAGGGGUUUCGGGUUUGCACAAAGUUUUCGGCGUCAUCUAAAGACACACUGGAUGGCUUGA